GUCACUUUUCGAGCGCUUGUCACGGCGCAACAUUUAAACAAGAACCACAGAAAAAUUUAAAUAGCACCAGAAAUAUUUGACAAAAUGUACCAAUACAGUUAAUAUUAAACAGAAAAAUCAUAUUCUACAAAUACACAAUCGAGCUUAUUCCAUCAAAUAAAGCAAUAAAACGCACCGAACCCAGUCACAAUGUCCAAGCCUAUAGACCUGUCCGGGUCCCAGUAUGACCAGGAUACAUACAUUGGCCGAGCGAAGCAUUUCUUUAAGCUCACCAACCCGCUCAACAUUUUUGCCACGUCAGCACAGCUAGAUGAAGCCAAGCAAAUUGUUACAGAAUACAAGAAAACAAAGAAAAUGCCGCCAGGUAUGGACGAGGAUAAACUAUGGUCGAUGAAAUAUCUGUACGACAGUGCGUUUCACCCCGACACGGGUGAGAAAAUGUUCGUGCUAGGCCGGAUGGCUGCCCAAGCGCCUAUGAAUACACUUAUCACUGGCUGCAUGAUCACAUUCUACAAGACAAACGCAGCCACCAUGUUCUGGCAAUGGAUCAAUCAGACGUUCAACGCCCUCGUCAACUACACCAACCGCUCGGGUACCGCGCCCAUCUCCAAAUCGCAACUCUUGGCAUCAUAUUGUGCUGCUUGCGGUGGUGCCAUGGGGACUGCGUUCUACCUCAAUUCCAAAGCCAAGCAAAUGAAGAACCCAGUGUUCGCGGCGCUGGUCCCAUUCGCCGCGGUGUGCGGCGCCAAUUUCAUCAACAUCCCCAUGAUGAGGAGUAGCGAGUUGAUGGGCGGCACGCCCGUGUUCACGCCGGACGGUCUACCGGUUGGCAACUCGACGCGCGCGGCGGCGCUCGGCAUCGGCCUCGUCUGCAUCUCCCGAGUCAUCAUGGCCAUUCCUGGCAUGACCCUAACACCAAUCUUAACGAACUACGCGCGAUCCAGGGGCCUAUUCUGCCGUCAUCCACGCGGCGUGCUGCCCUUCCAAAUGGGCCUGGUGGGGUUGUGCGUCGUCUUCGCAACCCCACUCUGCUGCGCGCUCUUCAAACAGCGCAUGUCCCUCUCUGUGGACAGCCUGGAGCCGGAACUGCAGAAAGUCGCGAAGGCCAAAUUCCCAAAAGCAACCGAAGUGGUCUUCAACAAGGGACUCUAAAGUUUACUCCUAAGGAUGAAGUAAAUUAUUCCAGUACUUUAGUUACUAAUUAUUCUCCAAAGACAACAUUCCUAUCGUGACGUCAUAUUUUUAUAAGUUUAUUAUUUUUUAAUUUAUAACUAUAUUGUUUGUUACGACCGUUUUUUAGCGGUUUAUAAUUUGUUAUUUUUAUUUUUAUAGUUGUUUUUAUAAUUAUAGGCAAUAUUGUAUCUCAAGAGUGGAGCAAUAAUGGAUUAUAGCAAUAGAAUUGUUUAUAAAUUGCAAGUGAUAAUCGAGGGACAGUACUUUUAUUCGUUACCUCGUUAUAUUUAAACAGCUCAAUUUUAUUUUGGUUGUGAUAUAAUUUUGAUGUACGUGGCAAAACUUGGGAUAUGUAGUACGUAAAUCCAACCUUAUUCAAUUUUUUUGCCGCAAUGAAAAGGUGUCACUUUGCAAGCAAAGCUUACAAUCUGGCCCGAUGUUAAAGCAAGUCGUUGAGCUCACUAUAAGUGUAUUUCAAAUCAAUCCAAUCAUGAAAUCAAAUUAUAAAAAUACAUUCAAACUAAGCUCAAACUAUGACUUGCGUUUUCAUUUGAUUUAGUCACAUGUUGUCAGACAACAGAGUUGCUUCAAAUAUCACUGCCAUCGCGAACUGUUGUGUAAUAUUAAGAUACGUCAAUUGAUAACUAUAGGUAAUAUAAUCUCAGACAAUAAUUAUUGUAAAGGAUCCUCACCGCGAGAAUGACAUGUUCGAUUAAAUUCGACUCUAACGCCACUUGCGCUAGUGUCAGAGAGGCCAUUUUUUUCAAAGUUGUCCACCUACUUU